UUAAUUUUUUCAACCUGUAUUUACUACAAAUCGCAAAAUAGAUAUACGCAUUCUGUAAUGAGAUUUUAUGUUUGUACAAAGUGAAUUUGACAUUAAAUUUUUAGUCAAAGUGCGCAGGGCGUAUAGAGAAAAGUGAAUUAUUGCAAUAAACAGUUCCACUGUAGUAGCGAAUGCAAUAGUAAAUACAUAUAUUCAAUACUUUGGUGUAUUGCUAAAACCGAACGAGCCGUAAUAAAAAAUCGGGGAAUGAUAGACAUUCUGAAAUUUACUAACAAUGGCGGCUAGUGUAAAUAGGGUAUCUCCAGUUUGAUAACUUCGUCUCAAUUUACAAUUGUGACGGGGUGUGCAGAGAAAACCCAAACGGUGUAGGUCGUGGAGGUUGUUAUUGGAGUUAGCUGAACGGUUAGAGAAUCGAAAUGUUCUCUUCUCCGCAUGCUUCUAGCAGCAGCUGCGAUGACGAUGGUUACGAUUUUACCAAAAGCGAAAAUGCAGGGCGCUGGAAAGGAUUAUUUAUACCGUCCCUGAGAAAGGUGCUAGAACAAGUACACCCACGCUUAUCGGCCAAAGAAGAUGCGCUUCUGUUUGUGGAAACACUUUGCUUGCGCAUCUUAGCGAUGUUAUGCGCUAAACCACUGCCCCACACUGUACAGGAUGUGGAAGAAAAAGCGAAGAAAUCAUUUCCAUAUCCAAUUGACCAAUGGGCUUUAAAUGAGGCCAGGGAAACGGUUUCCUCUAAAAAGAAAAAAUGCGUGCUGCCAACGGACAGAGUACACAGCAUGCUGCAAAAGGAUGUGCUUCAAUAUAAAAUUGACAGCAAUGUCUCUGUGUUCCUGGUUGCUAUAUUGGAGUAUAUAUCUGCAGAUAUACUAAAUUUGGCCGGCAAUUAUGUUCGUAAAAUAAAGCAUUUGGAAAUAACAAAAGAGGACAUUGAAGUAGCGAUGUGCGCUGAUAAAGUGCUGAUGGAUAUGUUCUAUCAAAAUGAUAUGAAAUCUAGCAACUUGGCAAAUAAUCUCCCAACUCUACCAGCACAACGCGCCAGUACAACAUAUGAAGAAGUAGUAAAAGAUCUUAUUAACGAUGAAAAGCAGUACCAACGUGACUUGCAUAUGAUAAUACGUGUUUUCCGUGAGGAACUAGCCAAAAUUGUACGCGACCCAAGAGAGUUGGAACCUAUAUUUUCAAAUAUAAUGGACAUUUACGAAGUAACCGCAACCUUACUCAGCUCAUUAGAAGACGUAAUAGAGAUGUCGCAAGAACAGGGCGCACCCUGCGUGGGCAGCUGUUUUGAAGAACUGGCGGAGGGAGAGGAAUUGCAUGUAUAUUCCAAAUAUGCCAAUGAAGUGACUUCACUAAAAUCCAAAGAAGCACUUCAAACUCUAUUAGCUAAACCAGAUGCAAUGUCUUUAAUGUCCGCUGGUCAUGGAUUCCGUGAUGCUGUUAAGUAUUAUCUUCCUAAAUUGCUUUUAGUGCCGGUAUCGCAUGCUUUUGUUUACUUCGAUUACAUAAAUGUGUUGAGAGAGCUCAGCCGGUCCGAAGAUGAUAUUGAAAGCUUCAAACAAGUGCAAGGCUUACUGUGUCCUUUGCAAAGUGAGCUUGAGAGCAUAUUAGGAAGUCUGCCUAAAGAGACGCAUGUGCCAUUAAGUAGCCGUGCUCGUCGCCAGUUGGCUAUCGAAUGGACGAGAGAACUACAAAACACUGUUGAGCAUUGGGAUAAAGAUGUUGGACAAAAUUGCAAUGAAUUUAUACGAGAGGAUUUCCUUGGUAAAAUGGGCUCUGGAAAGCGCAUUGCCGAACGCAAAGUUUAUCUGUUCGAUGGACUUAUGAUUCUCUGUAAAGCGAAUACAAAACGUCAAGCAACCUCUAAUGGGGCACCUUCCUUUGAGUAUCGUGUGAAGGAAAAGUUUUUUAUGCGACGCGUAGAAAUCAACGAUCGUGCAGAUACAGACGAGUUGAAACACUCCUUUGAAAUAGCUCCUCGCAUACAACCACCAGUUAUACUUACUGCUCGUAAUGCUCAACACAAAAACGACUGGAUGGCUGAUCUAAUAAUGGUUAACACCAAAUCCAUGUUAGACCGCAUACUUGAAAGUAUAUUAACGGAUAUUGAAAAGAAGCAUCCACUGCGAAUGCCUAGUCCGGAAUUAUACAAGUUUGCUGAACCUGAUAGUCCAGAAAAUAUCGUAUUAGAGGAACGUGACAGUGCCGGUGUGCCACAAAUAAAGGGCGCAACACUGAACAAAUUAAUCGAAAGAUUGACCUUUCACAUCUAUGCCGAUCCGAUGUUCGUACGCACAUUCCUGACUACAUAUCGCUACUUUUGCACUCCUCGUAAUUUGUUAUCGUUGUUGCUUGAACGAUUUAAUAUACCUGAUCCGAGUUUGGUUUAUCCGGAUAAUGUACAAGGCACUGAUAAGGAGGCAUUGAAUUGUGAUACUGAUAAGUUGCAUAAAAAUUCGCAACGAGAAGACUGGAAACGUUAUCGCAAAGAGUUUGCACAACCGGUACAGUUCCGUGUACUGAAUGUACUACGGCAUUGGGUGGACCAUCAUUUUUAUGACUUUGAGAAGGAUCCGACGCUUCUGGAGGAGCUGGAAAAGUUUUUAGAACUUGUUAAUAAUGGAAAAUCAAUGCGCAAGUGGGUGGAUUCUGUUUUGAAAAUCGUUCAACGAAAGAAUGAUCAAGAGGAGAGCCACAAACCGAUUACAUUCGCUUAUGGACAUAGUCCGCCACCAAUCGAACAUCAUCUUGAUGUUUCUGAUUCUGAAAUUAACUUGUUAACGCUUCAUCCUUUAGAGUUGGCACGGCAAUUGACACUACUUGAAUUUGAACUAUACAAAAAUGUCAAGCCAUCGGAGCUAGUUGGUUCGCCAUGGACAAAAAAGGAUAAGGAUGUGGAAAGUCCAAAUUUACUGAAGAUUAUGAAACAUACCACCAAUGUCACACGAUGGAUUGAGAAAUCUAUAACGGAAGCGGAAAAUUAUGAAGAACGUGUUGCGAUAGUGGCACGUGCCAUUGAGGUUAUGAUGGUGAUGCUGGAAUUGAAUAAUUUCAAUGGAAUACUUUCGAUCAGCGCCGCCAUGGGUAGUGCUUCUGUGUACCGAUUAAAGUUAACAUUUCAAGGUUUACCAGCACGAUAUGAAAAAUUCCUAGAAGAAUGCUGGGAACCAAAUGAUGGCCGCUUGAAAAAGUAUCAAGAACGUUUGCGCUCGAUAAAUCCGCCUUGUGUGCCAUUUUUCGGUCGGUAUCUCACUAAUAUUUUACAUUUAGAAGAAGGCAAUCCUGACUUUUUACCGAACACUCAGCUUAUAAAUUUCUCUAAACGUCGGAAAGUAUCCGAAAUAAUAGGUGAAAUUUUGCUUUACCAAAAUCAACCUUACUGCUUGUCAGUCGAUUUAAAAAUAAGGAACUUCUUGGAAAAUUUGGAUCCCUUCAAGGGUAUGACAGAUACUGAGAUAUCAAAUUAUUUGUAUAACGCAAGUCUUCGCAUAGAGCCCAGGGGCUGCAAGCAGGCGCCAAAAUUUCCGCGCAAGUGGGCCUCAAUUACCCUUAAAUCUCCGGGUAUCAAACCUCGACGCCAAAACCACACUAGCAACAACAAUAGCUUAAGCAGCAGUAAUACGAGCGGUAACUCCCUACUACAAGCAUCAUCCAUUUUUGGUGUACGCAGCACGUCCCAUGCAAGCGGCAAUGCAGCGGAGUCAGCAAGCAGCCAUAUAGUUAGUGGUAGUGGAAGCGGGGGAACACUUGUUGAUCAACAUAGCCCUAGCAGUAAUGUUUCACAUGCGAGUGCAUCGCAUUCGAAUGCAAAUUCACAGACCGCAUCGGCAAAUACUAGUGCGAAUGUAGCUGACCGCAAUGGAGAGCCACAAACGUUGAGUCACAAUUCCACAAGUACGGGUGGGGGUCAUGCUGGUCAUGGUACUGAAUCUGUGACAAAGAAUGAAUUUCAAUAUUCUAAUGGAGAAGAUGGAGGAGCGCAAUCAGCGGCACCUCAGCUGCCUAAAAAGUCAAACUCGUCGGCUGGACCGAAUGCCUGGAGUGGUGAGAGUUUUGCAACCGGAGCAUGUACUAGCACAGAAAAGACGUCAUACACACCAUCUUUUAUUGAUACACCACCAACACGUGUAGACAAUGUCUGGAAUUUACCUGAUGAAAUGUUGGGAACAAAUCAAUCGCCUCACCAGCACCAGCACCAGCAACAGCAAAAGCACAAUAGUAGUGGUAGCAAUGCGGUAACGAGUGAACAAAUUGGUGGAGAGCCUUCGUUAACAUCUCCACUACCAAGAGUGGUAAUCAGCCCACGUACAGAUCCUGCAAGUACACGAACACCAUUCCAGAACGCGCCAUCACAUCCUCAUAAAUUCAGCUGUAAUCAUUUUAGUCCAACUAAUACUGGAACUACUGUAAAUGUAGCCUUUGUGGCCAGUGCAAGUCCUCAAUUGCCUGACAUAGAAUCGGGUAAUUCUCCGUUACCAGUUUCUCCUCAUGUGAAUGUCCCAUCCCCGCUUAGCACUGAGUAUCGUUCCGUGCCACCACCAUUACCGCCUCGGAGAAAGGAGCGCACUGAAAGCUGUGCAGAUUUAGCCCAAAAAAGGCAAGCACCCGAUGCACCGACUCUACCACCACGUGACGGCGAACUUAGCCCACCGCCGAUCCCUCCUAGGCUUCAUCAUUCCAUUGGCACUUAUCCUCGUAGCCAAACAAACGAAUUUAGCUUAAGGAGCAACUUAUUGCUCCCAAAUACAAGCAGUAUUAUGAUUCGACGUAAUUUGGCCAUAGAAAAACGAUCAUCGACUGGGGCUAGCAGCGGGGUCGCAUCUGCGUCGAUAGCCAUAGCAGCAAUGACGUUACACUCGGCAAGUGAGACUCCGUCAUUAACAACAAAUCCGCCUCAAUGCCCGCCAUAUCCCCCAUUUCCGUUGCCUACUAUCGCUGCGAGUCACCAUACUAUUGGUACUUCAAUGUCGGUGUCAACUUGGGAUGAUCAAGCCAUAUCGCCUGCUCUCAGCUCCUCUACAACGACAUCUCCAAUGACGCCUAUGACUCCAAUUUCCCCACACAUUCCAACCGGGGUAGGUCAAGUAUCUGAUUUACACUCAGCAGUUGCACCGCCUUAUCAUCGAUACAAAUCGGCUGCGAUUGCGCUAACGGCAGGCGGAGCUACUUCAAUAAAUCCCUAUGGCACAACAAUGACACAACAACAUGAGCAACGCUUUCCGCAACCAUCAUUAGGUAGUAGCGCGUUACCGGCAAAAUCGUCUCCAAAAGAUUUCUUUCCCAUAACCGAAGGCACUCCCAAGCUUCCACCAAAACCUAGUCUUAGUGGAAAUUUUUACAACUCCUCAGAUAAAGGUACGAUGUUUCCUUACCCAAGUACAAAUCAAGAUUAAUAUUUAUUGCCUGGCGAUGUGAUACGGACGAAGAUUUUUAUCCACUCAGCAAAAUACGUUAUUAUUAAUGUAAAUAUUGAACUGUAUUAAAUGUAGAACGUAAAAAUAAAAUAUUAUAGAUUAUUGUUAGAAUAAAACAA